AUGCAAAAGUUUUCCUCCAGCCAGAUGCCAUGCACACAUCGAGGAGUCGCAACAGCUGGCGACAAGUGCCUAGUUGCCCUAUAUGAAGGAGACGAGACGACAGACACCCUCAACGAUGUACGCUUCCGUACUUUCGUGAAGACAGCGGCCAACGCCAAAGCGAAUCUGGCGCGUUUGCUAUCAACCACAGAGGCUGCGUCGUAUCAUCACUAUCGCACAUACCACCAGGUGCAAAAUCGGAAAGCUCCUGCCCCACCAGAGCUCCUGAAACUUCUUUCUUGCAAAUGCAAGAAGGGAUGCAGAGGAGGCUGCACUUGUCUAAAAGCAGGGUUCAAAUGUUCUGUGAUGUGUGCUACCUGCUAUGGGGAAACGUGCCAGAACGCUGCCCAUAUCAUCAUCGAAGAGGAUGACGUGACUCAAGAGAAACCUAACGAGCCUCAAGACAAUCAUGACGCUCCACCAAUGAUGGCGUACUCACCUAUGGAGGAGGACGACGACGACGAUCCACCUAUAGUGGGGGAUAUGACUGAUCUUGUGGACAUUCAGAUUCUACCGCCCUGGGAUCAAAAACUAACAGAGAAAGCAUUUGGCGCUACAGGGCGCACUCAUCACUAA